AUGGACAGUUCGCACGCUCAAUUGUUGGAACGGAUCAACGCUCUGGAAGCCCAAUUAUGUUCUCUCUCUCGUGGCUCACAGGAUAGAAAUGCCAGCGAAAAUCGAGAAGCCGGAAACAAUAUUCCAACAGGAAUUAGAAAUCCCCGGAAAUCUCAGAUAGAGGGUCCAGCGCAACAGAAUUUAGAAGACGGGCAGAUUGGCCGGACGAUUGAGGAUGAGAUCACAGUAGAUGAGCUGGCAACGGCCACGUUCGACGAUGAACCACAGAAUAAUGUUGGAUUCUUCGGACCGUCUUCGAAUCACUCUCUAUUUCGUUUCUUUUCAAGACUAUUCGCACAGAUGACACGCCUCUAUGCUCCAACACAGUCACCCGACUGGAAAGAUUGGGUACUGAAUCAACAACAGAGAAAGGAUUCUCCUUCGUCUACCAGAGGUCUAAAACCGGCGCAAUCAGAACAGAAUAUUGUUGGCGAAGAUAUCUAUUCGCUGCCUGCUAAACAGGAAGCCGUUAUCCUUAUAGACAGAUUUUUUGCUACAACUGCGACAGUGUUUCCCUGGAUCAAUAAGUCAGCAUUGCUAUCGCAAUAUCAUCAAGCGCGAGGACAACGUCCACCCCGUUUCCAUCGCGCGUCCCUCGCCUUGCUGAACAUUAUUUGGGCACACGCUUCCAACUCGUCGCAUGCUGCUCGCGCAGAGAGGUUCUAUCAACGGGCGUCAGCUUUACUGGAUUCAAAGACUCUGAGAGGAUCGAGUGUGGAACUAGUGCAAACGCUUCUUUUGAUGGUUAUCUAUCAGCAAAACCACCAGCGGUCAGUGACGAGUUGGACAAUUCACUCGCUUACCGUGAAGGCUGCGUUGCAAAUCGGCCUCCAUUCGCCUGUCGCCAUCGACGAUGUUGGCCAGGAAGAGAGUGCCCUAAGGAGGAGACUGUGGUUUGCAGUUUUCAACAAUGACCGGAUGCUUUCCAUGACACUGGGCCGACCUCGACUUCUCCCGCAGCACCUCGUUCGCAUCGAAAAUACAGAGACUCCGAGCCAAACUGCCCAAGCACGAGGUACUGCUGUCGGGGUCCUUGACAGCAGUGCAUAUAUCAUGUCUUUCACAUCGUCCUGUCACAUCCUAGGAUCAGUAAUCGAGCUUCUCUACGAUGACAAUGUUGAAGGCCCACACCUAUCUGAUGUGUACAAGCUGGUCAGCAAUCGACUUCAGCUAUCAUGCCAGCUGGAAGAAUGGCGUCAAAGCAUCACGUCUUUCGGCGGCCUUGUCUCGCCCUCCGAGCUCAGCCCCGAUCCGCCCAUCAUGCACGACAGUACGCUGCGACUACGGAUUCUUCUGACGAUCCAGUACUAUCGCAUCGCGAUGCUCAUCAAUUAUCCUAUUAUUGCGGCUCUUUUGGACCACUGUGUCAAGAAGACGAACAAUGAACCAGCUUCUGAAUUUCUCCGCGAAGCCGCGACACCAGUCGUCAAGAACGAUUUGCUAGCAGCGAAGGAGCUUUGUCGAAUUCUCCAUACAGUUACCAAACCUGCAGCACUGUUUCUCGAUCCUACUACCGAUUGGUGGACUUGUAACUACACAAGUCUAACGGUGAGCCUACACUUAUUCGGCAUCCUGCUUACGUGUUUGCUCCUCAACGGAAGUCCACCCGAUAUCGAUGUCGCCGACGUCCGAUCCUCCCUAGACCUGAGCCUUGAAACCUUACGGAUGCUCGAGUCGACUAGUCUCAUGAGUCAAAAGUCUCGUCGCUGUCUUGCAAGACUGGUGGAUGCCUUUGAUAAAUUGAGUGUACAGUACAGUGAUGCAAACAAUAAAAAUUGUAUGACUAAAAAUACCAAGCAAGUGUCAGCGUCGCUUCUGGGCCUGCAAGAAGGCGUCAGUAACCCUCCAUCCCAAUUCGCAAAUUUCACGGCCAUUCCUGGUCCGAUAAAGAUCCACAACGUGACGACUGCGGCGCAAUGGGCUUCGGGCCUCGAAUCGCCGAAUCAGAUGUUUCGGGUGAUGUUCUCCCACCACACCGUCAAACCAGUUGCGGAUGUGCUGUACUCGUUAUAUCAAGACUGGAAAAAUGCCGUCGACCAGAUCGCCGAUGUUGAGGGUCUCUAUCCCACAUUUGUGACGAACAUACUGCCGCGAGGCGCGGCACGAGUGGGCAAGACAAACGGAGUCGGCAACGUGUGGGAUCUGGAUGAUAACCAGGCUUGGAUUCUCUGGCAAUUCAGCACCGGCUGGGCGCUGGCACAGGACGACCUCCGAGUUGAAGCUUAG